AUGACCACCACCGAUGAUUCUGAGACGAACGCCUUUGCAGUAACGGAGUUGGCUGAAUUACUUGAUGCAGCAGAGGCCAAAGCGCUGCAGGGCAAUCAGACCUUUAAGGACACGAAAGAUACUGCUAAAAGCAUCCCUUUGCAGAAGAAGGAUGUACAUGUAGGUGUGGCAAAAGCAGCGCCAGGGGUUGGCGACGCCAAGAUUUGUGUAAGUCCUAAAGCAGAGCUGAUGGUUGCGAAACAAAAGGCGAAAGCAGCGGCAUCUGUUAACGAUGCCAAGACUUCUGGCAGCCCUAAAGCAGAGUUGUUGGACGACAAACAAAAGGCGGAAGGAUUCGAACGAAAGUUGGGCUUGGUGGAAGACAUGCUUCCUACCGCAGGCAUGUCCCCAAGUCCUUCAGCGAAUGGCAACGAGAAGAAGGCGGCCACCGACCACGUUGCCAUCGAUAUAAACGAGAACGCGGCGGAGCCAUCCGUGUCUGAUGUAUCACCUUCCGCUGGUAGAGCUCAGCCACCACCACCAAGGCCCGGUGCGUUCGCGGCUUCCUUUGGCACCACCGAGCUGCAGCGCAACGAGACUUUCCAUGCCGAUAUGCUUCAGGGAGCAGAGCGUUCCAUCCCUCCGCUUGACACUCGGGAGUCCUUCGACGACGGGGCCAAUAGUAGCCCCAUUGUUACCGACACCAAUGAAGGUUUGGCAGUAGCGAACGAGGUGGCUGAUGAGCAGCCACCUGACCUGCCGCGUGCACGUGAAGAAACAGGAAGUCCGAAAGUGGCACCUACUGAUGAGAAUGACAGCAGGAUGCCUAUGUAUUGGGGUUUGGGUGUGGCGAUAGUGGCAGGAAUUGUCUUGUUGCUCGUCUUUACACUUGCUGGCAAGGGUGAGCAGGACAAGGCUGGAAGUAGUAGUCAACCGACUCCACAACAACAAACAACACCAUUCCCCACCCAGGCACCCACUUCGAUCGAGGAGUUGGUCCUUGCUCAUCUGCCACAAGAAACCAUCAAGGCAAUUGAAGACAACAGAUCUCCUCAAGCACGUGCCUAUGAGUGGCUGCUGGCGGAUCCUAGUUUAAGUGAUUAUUCUGGAACGAGGAUCAUCCAGAGGUUUUCCCUUGCAACCUUAUACUAUGCCACCAAUGGUGACAAGUGGAGGGACAAUAAACUUUGGAUGAAUCAUGCCUACCACGAGUGCCAAUGGUACUCCAGAAUGGACGAAAAUCCAGGUAGUGGAACUCAAGAUGAGUUUUGGGAUGACUGGGCUACACAAAUCUUUGGUGGCAACUACCAAUACUUGGAGCCCUUCUUGUCCUGUGAGGGAUCAGGAGAGCAAGUCUUUACACAUUUGUGGCUUUUCAACAACAACCUGGAUGGACAGCUCCCCCCAGAAUUCUACUUGCUGACUAAUCUCAAAACAGUCUUCUUGGAUGGAAACAAACUUGAUGGCACCAAAAUUCAAACUGAGAUUGGGUUGCUUUCCAACUUAGAAUUACUCCUCAGUUGGACUGUAGGACUUGUUGGGACAGUUCCCACUGAGGUGGGUUUGCUCACAUCCAUGCAAGACUUCGGGAUCUCAAGUAAUAGUCUCACUGGCACAGUCCCCACAGAAUUCGGGUUGCUCUCAGAUACCAUGAGAUGGUUUGGAAUGGACCACAAUCUACUUACAAGCACGCUACCCACCGAAAUAGGCAGGUUGUCACUGGUGCAAUGGUUCAUGUUUUGGCACAAUGAUUUCACAGGAACAAUGCCUACAGAGCUCUGCCAGAUUACAGACAUGGAUGACAUGGUUCUUGAGCUCAACCAACUCAGUGGCAGUAUCCCCAGUUGCAUUGGCGAGUUGACAAAGCUAACCAGCAUUUGGCUGCAUGAAAAUUUGCUGACCGGCCCCAUCCCCACUGAGAUGGGACUCCUGACACUCUUGGAUGCUUGGCAAAUAUCUGGACAGCACAUUUCUGGGACCAUUCCAACUGAGAUCUUUAACGAUGCUAUCCGGCUACUCCAUCUGGAUGGCAAUGACCUUACCGGACCACUGCCAACUGAGGUCGGACUUGCACCCACGCUGCAGCAUCUUCAUGUUCGUGAAAAUGCCCUAUCAGGUCCCAUCCCUUCUGAAAUUGGCUUGGCCAGCAGCUUAGUUCUGUUGGUCGUGGAUGACAAUCAACUCACAGGAACGAUCCCAAGAGAGCUGGAUUUUCUUGCCUCAGAGGGGAAUUUUUCAGGGCUCUUUGUCUCAGGAAACAACUUUUCAGGUGAACUUUCUGAUGAAAUGUGUCACCUUGGAACCAAUGAUACCAUGGGCAUCUGCCCUUUCAAACCAUGGUGGUGGUCAGAGGAAAUUGAGUGUGGACUCUACUUUGACUGCACUGAAGACUUUUAUGGGUGUGGUUGUGGAGCUGACGGUGUUGCAUCUGACAAUCGCACAGCAACAGCUGUGAGUGGUGAGAAUAGCACACGUACUGCGGGCGGUGGUCAGUGA